AUGGCACCCACGUGGGCCGGGCUCGACCUGUUUGCCGGGCCCUGGAGGCCACAUUGGCGCAGCCACCUGGUCGAGGUGCGCGAAAGACAAGAGAUACCCAACACAGGCUAUCCUUCGAUGCAGGUUUUUUUUUCGACACGGGGACCUUGCCGUCACGUGGUUGAUCGCCAGGGUCGGCGGAUUUUGCAUGAUUGCGGCGAGGCAUUCCGCUUUCGUUCCCAUGGAGUGGCAUAUGGAUGGCAUUGCUCCAGGCAUGGCCCACGGCUGCCUGUCCGCCAUGCUGCCAAGGGGCAUCCUGGCAAAGGACCCACUCCCUGCCGCGAGGGCAUCGCUUGGUCCAUCCUUGUCCCGAAUGGACUUCACUUCGUGAAGGUCUCUAUUGCAGGCCUACCCUCCACCAAGAAUGAUGGGUGCUCCCUGAAUGGUCGUCGAUUGCCUCAGCGAUACAACGUCGACAGGGCAUGGCGGAAGCAAAGAGGAGCCUUCGACAAUGCGGUGGAGGCGGUCAUCUUAGCAAGAGUCAUCACCUUGACCGUCGGACGCCGCUGCGCCGGGCCCGAGAAGCUGAUGUUUUUGCAGAUGUCCAGUCCAGGAAACCCAUCCUGUUGGACAGCUGGCCGGAGCUGGCACCGCUGCUGUGCAGUUGUGGACACAGGCUGCUUUGACACAGGCACUGAUCUGACCUUCGAAGCCUGCUGCCGCCAGACCUUCGAGUUCCAGGCACCCGCAGCAGGUGUGGUGGCUGCGGUGCAGCUUAGGCCAAGUCACCUUCACCCAGCAUCCGUUCUAGCCUUGGAUCCAAAGGGCCGGCAUUCCCCGAAUGCGGGUUUCUUCCAGUGCUUCGGCCUCGCCUCGGAGUUCUUCGACCAGAAGCCGGAGCUGCCCCCCUGGCCUGCGCCGCAUCGCUGUCCCGGAGGAGUGGCCAUUUUUCCCAUAGCUAUUGGCAUCGCAGACGAGCUUAUAGUGCCAUGCAUUUCAGCCAAGAGGUUCGACUAUGCGUUGGCAUGGCCUGGUGACCGAAGCACUUACAGAUUCAACUCGCAAAGCCGCGACGACACCGCUGGAUACCAUGACCAUCUUCGGCAGGCCUGGUUCGCCAUCACUCGGCCGAAGGGCGGCUGGGACUGCCUGCGCCAUUAUGAGAUCAUGGCAGCAGGAUCUUUGCCGUAUUUCGUGGACCUGGCAAGGGCACCAUCUCGUCAAAUUCCGUUCUUGCCAAUCCAUCUACUCCGAGUUGCAAAGACCUUGCCGGGAGUUUAUGAAGGGCGCUUGGACCCGACGGCCUUCAACAUCCGUGCGUACGUCGAGGCAGCGGCCGCUCUUCUGCGGUACACGAAGCAUCGCCUUGCAGCUUCCAAGCUUGCAGAAUAUUUGCUGAGCCAUCUGCAGAUGAAGCGUGGAUCUGUGCUCUUCCUUUUGCCUCCAAAAGGUUUCCACAGAGGAGGCUAUGUCUCGCGAAACAUGUUCUACGGUUUGCGAAAGAUUCUGGGGCCUGCAAGUGUUGUUGAUUAUCCCCACUUUGCUGAGAUGUAUGCAGCUCACGGCAGGACGGACAUGUCGACCACCGGGCUGCUUGACACCCCGGUCGCACGAUGGAAUUCCAGCCAAGUGGAAGAUCGGCUCAGAUCACGUGGGUUUGGUGCCGUGAUCUACAGCAACGCCCGAGCCCCUUUGCCGUUUUGGGAGCUCGUGGCGACAACGUAUGCUCCGGAGGAGGUCGCUUUCCUGGAUGGGUUCGACCACACAAAUGGCUCCACGAUUCUGCGUUUGGCGCCAUAUGGCAGGUAUUUCGUCCGUGAGAUGGAAGGUUGCCCAACAGGGCCUCAUGCAGUCAAGAUUGAUGCUGACGCCAGCGCGUCACGGGAAAAGGUGUUUCUCGAAGAAGCGAUUGCAGCCACCGGAGCUGACGUUGUGCUUCCGCCAACGCUGUUAGGCAUGUUCGGCCUUUUUGCAGUCCUGCUUUGCCUUGACAGUCUCAGCUGUGGCUACACAGCAGAUUCGUUGUUCCAGUUCUUAGCUCCAGGCUACAGAUUUCUGCUGAAGUGGGCUCCCGUCUUCUUUACGCCUGCGUUGGUCAAACUUCCGCUGGUAGAGGAACCUGUUUCGGGUAGCGAGCUCUUUCGCGUCGCUCUCCUCAUCGCAUGCGGGGGUGUGCUGCAGAUGGGCUUUGUGGCCGUAGUUGCCAGAUCCAUCGCGUCGCAACAGCCCGGCGAUAUGCCGAAGGGCGAAGUGGUGAAUGCAUUGCCGGGGAUGACUCCAACAAAUGGAAGGGAGGCAUACCCCAGACCUGGCAGGCCCUUCAAGAGGCGAUGGCUACCGGUCUACGGGAUCAUCAUGCUAGCGGCACUUCUUUGUCUAAAACACGGUCAUGCGUCUCAGACAGUGGAGGUUUCCUUCAUGCUCUGCGCAUCACUGUUGUCCUUCGUUCUAGGUAACUCUGCGCCAGCAGCCUUCAAGGCCAUUCUGCACCCGAUCUUCGCAGGUGUUCUCGGCUCAUGGCUGGCCAUCGCACUCUGGGCGUCGCAGGACGAAUCGCGCUCCUUUCACGAGGUCUUGGUGACCUAUUCGUCUCCAGCCGGAGCUGGCCCGCUAAUGUCCAGAUUGUUGAACCCACUGGUAAUUGCUCUCGCGCUGCUGCUGUUCGAGCGCCGGCGGCUCUUGCAGCGCGACAGUGCGCUCAUCAUAGCAACCUCUAUGCUAGCUGCGGCUUUUGGCCUGUUUGGCACAGCCGUAAUCGCGCGGAUGUUGCAGCUGCCAAAGGCCUUGGCUGCAGCGUCUGUGUCGCGUUACUGCACAGCACCCUUGGCACUGGCAGUAUCUUCCUCCUUACACUCGUCAGCACCACUCACUGUGGCCAUGGUCGUGGCAUCAGGCUUUCUUGGGAUUUUCGUGGCCAGGCCUUUGCUAAGAUGGCUGGAGGUGGACGGCUCCAGAGAGCGGGGACUGGCAAUCGGAGCAGUGUCGCAUGUGCUCGGCACGGUGACCUUGGCCUCCUGGGACGAGACCACCGCGGUACCAUACUGCGCACUAUGCUUCGUCCUGUCGAGUGGUUUCGCUGCAGCUCUUGCCGCUAUACCGCCGGUGCAAGUCGCAUUGCUGUGGGUCUUGCCUUCUUGA